AUGUGGCACGAUGCCUCUUUGAGCCUUUUCUUGCACCGCCUCUGCAAGCUCAAAGCGCCCAAGGUUCUGAUCUUUGCAGUACUGCUGCUGUACUGGUCGGAGAAUGUGACUAUUCGUGCCGACUCUGUUGAAUGGCUGGAAUUCUUCGCCGGGGAUGCCCAAAUCACGAGACAUGUCAGUGCAUGUGGCUACACGUCUCGCAAGUUUGAUCUUCGAUACCCGAUUGAGUACAAGCACCAGAACUAUAUGGACCUCCUCACACCUGCAGGCAUGGCGCAGCUCGCCAUUGUUGGGGUCAUGUCCGCUGUGCAGGGCAAGGCCGUCGUAUGGUUGGGUUUGGUGUGCUCGAGCUUCACGGUUAUCAAUAUGGGCUGGAGCAAAAGAAGUUUCUUGGUUCCUAUGGGUGAUACCUCCAAAAGAUCGGUGGUGGAAGGCAACUGCCUGGCAGCAAGGACGUGCAUACUCAUCCAACUCAUCUUGGCCCUUGACGGUACGAGCCAGCAUGCCCGGAUACUAUGGAGGGAUGGGUGGGUGGUGGAGGGUACGUGGCUCUGCAUCCGCGAGAUAGAGAACUUAUUCUCGUCGACGGGCGAGGACAAGUCCAAGAUCCAGAAAAUCAUCCAGCAGUCGCAAAGCAGAAAGCACCCGGAACCGAAGUCCCUGGACCCGCUCUUCGCCGAGACCUUGCAAAUGCCCAGUACGCCUGCUCCCUCGGAGUUGAACCGGAAGAUGAACAUGUUGCAGGCUGCCAAGGCAGCAGAUCCAGCAUCGAAGGCAUCGUCGAUUGCCGCAGCGAAGGAGAAGGAGAUGGAGGAACCUGAGAAGAGCUCCGACGAGGGCGACGAUGAUGAUGAUGAUGAUAACGACCCCGACAAGGGAGAUUGGGGAUUGGGUACAACCUUAUGCCCGAAAACCGGGAAAGUGCCAGAUCAGCAUAUGGUUAUCAGUCUCGACGCCCUGAAGCAGCGGCUACGACGGGCGUGCAAGAGGCGAAAAAACGGGAAAGUCCCCGGUGGAGAGGCUGCCUUCGAAGCCUAUCAAGACGUGGAGAACAGGCAGCAUCUCGCGAAGCUGCUGGUGGACGCGAAGUUCAACGAGGACAGGUGA